GCAGUUGCUGUUUUGCUGUCACAUUGUGCGCUCGUCUGCUCGUUCGCUCGCACGGCUCGCACGCUCAUUCGCAUUCGCAUUUGCGUUACCCCUUGUGAGAGCUCGGAAAAAUAAUUUGUUCAAUUAAAUAAUAUCAGCGUUGGUGUUUAUUGUUGUUGUUGCUACUGUUCUUUUUGUUAUUGUUAUAAUAUAAAUGCACAACUAUUAAUACAACAAAUACAACACAUAUCGCGUUAAUGCCAAUUCAAUUAAUUCGCCGCAAAUCCAUAUACAAAAGAGCGUCGCUGCCCCAAGGAGCGUCCUGCUCCACAAAAACAAAGAACGCCACAACAAAUACAAUACAAAACAAAAGCAAAAUGCGAAUAAUGGUGCUAAAAAUCAAUUAAGAUGUAAUGCGAACAGCAAAUAGGAGCUCCAACUACGUAACGCAACCAAAGAGGCCUGAGGCCCACAAAACCCAAAGAGUAGGUGCCUAGUAUUGAGAUUACCGUAAACCAAAUCCCCAAACUCCUAUUUACCAAUAAGCCAAAUGACUGCCAAUAGCCUGCUAGGACGAUCCUUACUUAACGAAGGACGUUCCAACAAGCGUUCUUUUGUCUCACUGAUUGUCGGCCUAAUCGUCGGCUUCUGCCUCGCCGAGCUUUUCGUCUACUCAUCCACGCCGGAACGUGCCGAGUACGUGCCGUACGAUGGUCAUCGACAUGGCGAUGUCAACGAUGCACAUCACAGUCACGACAUGCUGGAGCUAGCCGGUCCAGAGCAGGAUGUGGGCACACACGAUCAUGUGCACGAAAACACCAGUAUUGCGGAGAAGAUGUACAGCGAGGUGCGCAUUCUCUGCUGGAUAAUGACGAAUCCCGCCAACCAUCAGAAGAAAGCGCGCCACGUGAAGCGCACCUGGGGCAAGCGCUGCAAUAAGUUGAUCUUCAUGAGCUCAGCCAAGGAUGAAGAGCUGGAUGCCGUGGCGCUGCCCAUCGGCGAGGGACGCAACAAUCUGUGGGGAAAAACAAAGGAAGCAUAUAAGUACAUCUACGAGCAUCACAUGAACGAUGCAGACUGGUUCCUCAAAGCAGACGAUGACACCUAUACGAUUGUAGAGAAUUUGCGCUAUAUGCUAUAUCCCUACAAUCCCGACACGCCCGUCUAUUUUGGCUGCAAAUUCAAGCCAUAUGUCAAGCAAGGCUACAUGUCCGGUGGAGCUGGUUAUGUUCUCAGUCGCGAGGCUGUGCGUCGCUUCGUGGUCGAAGCUAUUCCAAAUCCGAAACUUUGCAAGAAGGAAAACACAGGCGCCGAAGAUGUGGAAAUGGGCAAGUGCUUGGAGAACAUUAAAGUUCUGGCGGGCGAUUCCCGAGAUGCCAACAAGCGUGGUCGCUUCUUUCCUUUUGUGCCGGAGCAUCACUUGAUACCUUCGCAUACGGACAAGAAAUUCUGGUACUGGCAGUACAUCUAUUACAAAACCGAUGAGGGUCUGGACUGCUGUUCGGACAAUGCCAUCUCAUUUCAUUAUGUCUCACCCAAUCAAAUGUAUGUGCUGGACUAUUUAAUAUAUCAUCUGAGGCCAUACGGAAUCGUGAAUACGCCAGAUGUGCUACCAAAUAAACUCGGCCUGGGUGAACUAAUGCCGACUCCCAAAGAGUCCAAGGAGCAAAAUGAGCCAGAGACAUCAGAUACUGUUCAAACGCAAAAGGGCGCGCAGUAGUUGCUGGUCACUUUAAUUGUAAAUAGAUCAUGUGUAAAUACCGAGCGGAGUAGACCGCAACUAGUUUAAGAUACAUAAUUUGCCAUUCCCAUAUAAUUUGUUGUCUCUUGUGUUAGUUUAUUUCUCUCAGGUUACGGUUAUAAAUGCUCUUGAGCUCCGACUCUUUUGUACAAAAUACCAAAAAAAGAAACAAAACAGAUUAUUUGAGUGCUGUUAGUUUAGUUUUUAGGGAAGUUUGCGCAAUUAUUGUGCAUAACACAAAUAAAAAUAAUAAUUAAUAUAAUAAUAAGAAAUAACAUUUAAAUAGGUACUCAUCAUACAUAUGGCACAUGAUUAGAUCUUAAGACAGCGAUAAAUAAUUUGAAGAUAUUCAAGACACAUACAUUGUGGCCCAUUUAGUUAGCAAUAAAUUGUAUACUGACAUAGUUCUUUCGAUAAGCUGUAUUAUGUUAUAUAUACUUAUAUACAUCGGCAUUGCUUCUAAGAAAUGUAUUACACUCUACUAUUUAUUUAUGUAUUUAAUAAAAUAUAAUAAAAUAGUGUAUUACAAAUGGAA